CAAUUAAAUGAAUCAAAUGCUGAAAAUUCUGUCUAUUUGGGAGAAAAAAGAAGGAGAGUAAAGGAGCUGGAGAGCAAAAUAAAUUAUUUGCUUUGAAGAGUACAUUUUCUUUCUACCACCCUCUCUCUCUCUCUCUCUCUCUCUCUCUCUUUGAGUGGGAGGGCUGUGCCUCGCGAUCCAUAUUGCUGACUCACUCGCACCGUGCCACACGCAGCGAGGAAGAGAAACGGAGAAAGAGUGAGAGAGUGAGUUUCCCCACUCUCAUCUAACGGUGAGCGCAUGGCCCCAAAAUUCAAGUACAACACAAGCACAACACAACGAGGGGCCGAGGAAAAAGCAGCAGAAAAGCCAGCAGCAGCCGCCCGCUCAUAAAUCGUCAAAGAAAACCUAAAUAAAUUAAAUUAAUUACCACCAAAUCACAUUCUCUUAAAUUAAAUUAAAAGUCGUUCGGUUCGGAGCAAUCAACUUGUACAAAAAUCACUACUUUCAUUUAAAACUUAUUAAAUGAAAUUCUAGCGAUUUGCAAUUACAUAAAAACUGUAGCGGAAGUUCUCUCUGCAAUUUUCACGCGCCGAUGAAAAUUCGCAAAAGAUCUGUAUUAAAUCAUCAAUAUAAAUAGCGAAUAACGGUACAAUGAGCCCAGCUGUUUGAAAGCCGCAACAAUCAACAAUCAAAAGUAUAAAACAGCACGCACCAAAUCACACAACAACAACAGCAUUGCGCAUAAUUAAUAUGUACGAGAAAACAUUAAACAUAGGAACUGCAAAAGUUAAUAAUGCAUAUGAAUGGCAAACAGUGAGAUACAACAACAAGCCCCAAACAACAACAAUAACAGCAGCAGUAAAAGUGAAGAAACAACAACCUCAAAAGCAAAAAAAUGCCACAAAAGCCGCACCAGCAACAGCAGUGCUACCGUUAACCGGCAAUAGCAUUACCGUUCAACAAGGCCCAAAAAUCAAAUUCGUUGGCAACGCGGCGCGCCGGCAAUCGCUCGCCCAUCAAAUCAAGCGAGCACAUCGGCAUUUACUGACCAGUCAGGACAAACCGCCGCAGCAAAAGCAAAAAACACAAGUGCUGCCGCAGACUGGCAAAACAGUUGCCAAACCGAAACAGAAGCAGAAACAAUUGUUGAAAAGUGAUAAGGCGAGGGAAAGGCAGAAGCAGCACCACCACCAAAGAAAGCCAGCCGCCAGCAGGAACACUCGCAACCCUAGGGCGCAAUCGGAAUCUUCGGGCCUCUCUUCCCGCUGGUGUUCCAUCGAGGAGCAGCUGAACCUGCUGGACGACCUGCUCUACUACUGCGAUGAGGAGGCAGAGCUGUAUCUAGCCCAGCUCUACGAAAGGUUCGAGACCCUCCAGGCGAGCAGUAGGUGCUCCUCGCCGGCCAGCGACUUCUGGAGCGAUUCGGACAUGGAUCACGACGACUCCAGCACCAGUGGCACUGGCAGCCACACAGCCAGCAAUGCCAGCCUGGUUCCCGCAUCGCUAAAGCGACGUGGCCACCAGCAUCAUCCGCGUUUCUCGGGCACCCGCCGGCCCAAUGUGCCCAAUGUCCAGGAGAUACUAGCCGCCCUCUACCGCGGCGACUCCAAGAGUGCUCUCUCCAAUCUCAGGGGUGAGACGCAGCCCGAGGAAGAGCAACAGCAGCUUGAGGAGGUGCUGCCGCCCAGCAGAAGCACUUUGAGCCUGCCCCUCAGCGAAUCGGUAACGAAUUCCCUGGGCAGCAAUAGUCCCACGCCCACGGACGAGAGCAGUGUUCAAGACGAGGUUGCCAGCAACCCGCCAGCAGCUCCAACCGGAGAAGAAGCAGUUCCUCCGGCAGCCACAACCACCUCCAAGAGCAAGAAAAAGAAGCGGGAGAAGGGUGAAAAGUCGGAGAAGUCCGAGAAGGCCGAGAAAUCCGACCGCAAAAAGAAGUCCUCUGGCAAAAAGGAUCGCAGCAAGCGCUCCAAUCCCAUGGAGCUGAGCAGCGACAGCCUGGCCACCGAUCUCAGUGCCGGGGCCAUCGACGAGGGCAUCGCCCUGGCGGAUGACGACGACAACCAGGCGGCGGAGUGGUCUAAGCUACGUUGCACCAGCGAGGCGGCCGAAAUUGUGGCGGAACGGGAGGCCAGCCGUAACAAGAGACGCUGUGCGGAUUAUCCGGGACUGGCCUUUGGCAAGUCCAUCUUCAGUUCGGACACCAUGAUGAAGUUCAACAUCAUUCGGAACGAGCUGCACAACAUCAUGAACACACAACUGAAAAGGGCCGAAUCCGAGGUUGCCGCUCUGAACCGUCGCAUCCAGUUGCUCGAAGAAGACUUGGAGCGCUCUGAGGAGCGUCUGGGCUCCGCCACAGCCAAGCUGUCGGAAGCCUCUCAGGCCGCCGAUGAGAGCGAACGGAUACGAAAAGCGCUUGAGAAUCGCACAAAUAUGGAAGAUGACAAAGUAGCUCUUUUGGAAAACCAAUUAGCACAAGCAAAAUUAAUUGCAGAAGAAGCCGAUAAGAAAUACGAAGAGGUUGCCAGAAAACUCGUGCUCAUGGAACAGGAUCUGGAGCGUUCCGAGGAGAAGGUCGAGCUCAGCGAAAGCAAAAUUGUGGAGCUUGAGGAGGAGCUGCGCGUGGUUGGUAACAACCUGAAGUCCCUUGAAGUCUCUGAGGAGAAGGCCACACAAAAAGAGGAAACCUUUGAGACGCAAAUCAAAGUGUUGGAUCAUUCUCUGAAAGAGGCUGAGGCUCGUGCUGAGUUCGCUGAACGUUCCGUUCAGAAGUUGCAGAAGGAAGUCGACAGGCUCGAAGACGAUCUAAUUGUCGAAAAAGAGCGCUAUUGCCUGGUUGGCGACAGCCUGGACGAAGCCCUAAUGGGCCAGAUUAGUGGUCUGGAGCCCUUCUGGAAUCCGCGCAACCCCAAACCACCCACGCCCAAGCUGCCCACGCCCACGCCCGAGGAGCUGGCCGCCUUGGAGGAGGCUCGAGCUGCAGCGGAAGCGGCCGCUGCGGCCGAAGCGGAAGCGGCAGCAGCCGCAGGAGGCGAGCCCGGAGCAGAGGGUGAGGGCGCAGCGCCCGGAGAGGCGAAGGCACCGGAAAAGGAGCCUACGCCGCCACCCAAGGAGCCCACUCCGCCACCACCACCACCGCCGCCAUUCGAGUACUCGAUCGACCUGCCCCCAGAGGGUGCCGAAGUGCCAUAUGUUAAGAACUACGAGCCACCACCACCCGGAUCCGAGCCCGAGCCAGUGCCUGCUGCUGAGGGGGAGGCUGCUCCGGCUGCCGAAGGAGUUGCUCCUCCAGCUGCUGAGGGAGUUGCUCCUCCAGCUGAGGGUGCUGCACCAGCUCCUGCUGAGGGUGGUGCUCCAGCUCCUGCAGAGGGAGCUGCUCCUCCGGCUGAAGGGGCUGAACCUCCUGCUGAAGCAGCUGCUCCUGCUGCCGAGGGUGAAGCUGCUCCGGCUGAAGCGGCACCUGCUCCAGAAGCUGCUCCCGCCGAAGCAGCACCUGCCGAAGCUGCCCCCGCAGAAGCGGCUCCUGCUGCUGCCGAAGGAGAGGCACCACCAGCUUAAGCCUAGUCCAGCCAAUCCCCGCCUGAAACUGCUGCACAACAUCGAAAGAAAAAACAACUGCUACCAAAUGCUGCCCUGCUUUUAAAACCCUAAUUAAGAACACUUUUAAAGAGUUUUAUUUUUUAGAAAUAACAUUACGAAAUUGAAUUAAAAGUUCAGUUAAACAAAGCAUUGCAAAAACCAAA